GGCUGCUGUUUGUGCCAGUUCUUCUUCUUCUCUGGUUUCUGGGAGGUCAGACAGGGUCAGCCACCGUCUCCUGCAAGUUCAAGCAGCGAGGUCAAAGGUCAACACACAAACACUUGUGUGUGUGUGUGUGUGUGUGUCUAUAUUAGGGGGACUGAAGCAGAUCUUUAAUCUUUCUCUGCUGCUGUGAGCGCUGACAUGGAGCUGCAGAGAGCUCAGUCGAUCAACUGGGAGGAGGAAGAGGAGGAAGAGGAGGAGAUGAUGAUGCAGGUCGAGGACGGAGACUACGAGUCGUCCGUCUCUCAGGAGAAACAGGACGCCGGCUCCGAUCGACCAAUCAGCCUCAAGACGGAUAAAUCUGGUCGGCUCCUCCUGGAGACUCCGGCUGACCUCCAGAACCUUCUGCUGAUGAGGAAGUCCAAGAGAGAGCAGAAAGCUGCAGUCAGGAAACCUGCUGCUGCGCCCCCUGCUGUCCACGCAGUGCCGUACUAUGUGGACGAGGACGACUUCUUUAAGGCCUGCGACCAGAAGCAGCUGCUGGUGAUUGACAGGUACCUGUCCACAGGUGGAGACAUCAACGCCUGCGACGCAUUUCAGCGUUCAGGUCUGCACAGAGCGUCCUCUCAGGGUCACACAGAGGUCGCCACCAAACUGAUGGAGGCCGGCGCUGACAUCCACGCCAGAGACAAGCUGAGCUCUACUUGUGUCCACUUGGCGUGUCGAGGAGGAAAUCUCUCUGUUCUCAAACUGCUGUUGAACCACGGAGCCGAUAUUACUGCAAGAGACAAGUUGGACAGCACUCCUCUUCAUGUCUCUGUGAGGACCGGACACUUCGACUGUGCUGAACAUCUUAUUCACUGCGGAGCAGAACUCAACGCACAGGACAGAGAGGGAGACAGUCCUCUUCAUGACGCAGUUCGACUCAACAGAUUUAAAAUCAUCCAGCUGCUGUUGCUGCACGGAGCCAAGACUGAUCUCACCAACCAGGACGGACACUGUCCCCUGGACGCCGUGUUGGAGUGGCAGAACGAAACAAAGACGCUCCUCAGUGAGCAGAACGACAGGAAGUCAUGUCAUUAACGGACCAAUCGACCAAUCACUGCUCUCCGCUUCGCUGGCACAUCCUGUAUCUCCAGCAGCUGAAAACUUUCAAACAAACUUUAUGUUUUUACCUGUUACAUUCAAAACCCCAUUAAGAAUAUGUUUGAUUAAAUGUACAAAUAAAGUUUUUGGUUUAAAGUC